AGUGCCGAACUUUGAAAGAAAAAGAAAAAGGCAGUAGAUAGAGAUCUCACCCACCCAUGAGGUUGCCAGCAACCACUGAGGCCGCCGACAACCUCGUGGAAGUGUUGCCAACAGCAACCAUAACCCUCAAAACUCCCCUGUCAACAGUGUUAGAACAAGAGAGAGUGCACCAACCCGUCCCAAGACGUCACCAACCAAUGGUCGUGAUUACCUCGUGGCCCAUGGCGAAACCACCACUCCCUUUUACCCCGAGUGAGGAGGAAAAUGAAUGCUGUAGAGAUAUGGGGGUGAGAGGUUUGUUCCCGGUCAUCAUCUACUCCCGUGAGGUUGUUCCAGCAGUCUCAAUGGUCACCGACAACCUCGUGGAGGUGGAGGUGGAUGGCGAAUGGCGGUGCUUCAGGGGGGCAGGGGUCACCGCCACCACUAGCCACCCCCAUAAGGACACCGACGACCACUAAAGCUGUGGACGACCUCGUCGGGUGAGCGGCAUCCCCCUACCACUAGAUCUCUCUUUGUUGCUGUUUUUUUUUUUUUGAUAUUUUAAAAUUGUAUUUUGUGUGUCACUUGCAUAGCGUUGAAAUUUUUUUGUCAUCUGGAUGAAGGUGUAACGGUGAGGUACAAUUUCCUCUCAUGAUAAUUGAGGAGGUAAAUAUUUCUAAAAGAAUAAUUCGGAGGAUAAA